AUGGUUUCUUUCAAAAAAUUGUUCCAAAAGUGUAAGGAAGACAAAAAGCCAUCGCUUAAGCACUCCCAGUCGAUGCCAUUCAGAUACUCAGGAGCGAGCAUGUUCGAGCCUUACGGCGAUCCUUUCAUAGCUGUAUACCACGGCAAGACCCCCUCUAAACCUUCUAACAUCGCGCACGUCGAGCAAGCUCCAGGGAUGCGAGACAUCCAUCGUGCGCAGUGGCACCCAGGUGUCCACGACCAUCCGCCAAGUCAUGCCCACUUCGACACGCGCGCCCACUUGCCGGACCAGUUUCCCAAUCCCCCACCGCCCCCUCCGAAACUCACUCGCAGUGCCUCAGGCACGACUUCGUCAAACCCACAGAACAUUAGGCCUCAACUGCCACCGAAGCACUGCAACACAAGCGAUCAACCUGUCGCAGGCAGACACAGAACUAUUCAGCAGUCUUCUUCAGCCACGUACUAUUCGCAGCCCACAGCUGCGGCAUACCCCUCCCUUGGUCGCAAAAAGCGGCGUGAGGCCACCGCUGAUCAAGCUGUGGCGGAUCUGCUGCAAACACCUGAUGGCCGGCCUCCCGUAUUUGGGAGCAGUAGGCAGGCAGAACGUGCCCGCGCCAAGUCGAGCACUGCUCACUCGUACAUCCCCGUCCCUCACGAUCUGCUGGAAACGGCUGACGGCCGACCUCCAGUAUUUGGAAGCAGCAGACAGGCAGACCGUAUGCGCACCAAGUCGAGCGCUGUUCGGACAUACACUCCUGACCCUUAUGAUCUGCUGGAAACACCUGAUGGCCGGCCUCCCGUAUUUGGAAGCAGUAGACAGGCAGAACGUGUGCGCACAAAGUCGAGCGCUGUUCGGUCAUACACUCCUGUCCCUUACGAUCUGCUGGAAACACCUGAUGGCCGGCCUCCCGUAUUUGGAAGCAGUAGACAGGCAGAACGUGUGCGCACCAAGUCGAGCGCUGUUCGGUCAUACACUCCUGUCCCUUAUGAUCUGCUGGAAACACCUGACGGUCGGCCUCCCGUAUUUGGGAGCAGUAAACAGGCAGAACGUCUGCGCGUCAAGUCCAGCGCUGGUCACUCACAAAAACCCCUCCCUCCCCUCCCUCCCCUCCCUCCCAUUCCCCCCAUUCCUACCAGUCACUCCCCGCGUCCAUUUAUCUUGCGCUCUGUGCACAGCUCACGUACAAACUUGAAUCAUUAUAGAGAUCGGCGCUGA